AAUGAAUUGGGACUGGAUCUACGCACAUGCGACUAUCUGCUGAUGAUCAAUGAGAUGAAGUUCAAGACCGAUGUAGAGGUAGUACAGUGUACGAUGGACAGUACAGGGAUUCAGGCGCUGCUUCUGGGGGAGGAACUCAACGUAUCUAAAAUCAUGGAGAGCAUGAGUCAGACCAUCGCACGGGUAGGAAUACCCACACAUAUGUGUACUAUGUGUGUGAUAUUGGCCAUAUGGUACUAUGUGUGUGAUACUUGUCUCAUGGGUGUACUAUGUGUGUGA